AUGAAAUCUACUAUUCUUCUCUCGCUCAUCCCGAGUGCACUGAGUACGACCAUCUACCUUGCUGGUGACUCGACUAUGGCAAAGAGUGGGACUGGAUCUGGGACAGCAGGAUGGGGUGAAUAUGUUACGCCAUAUACCUCACUCACCGUGUCCAAUAAAGCUGUCGCCGGCCGUAGCGCACGGUCAUAUACACGUGAGGGUCGGUUCGAUGCUAUUGCAGCAUUGGUUCAGUCUGGAGACUGGGUGAUCAUCGAAUUCGGGCACAAUGACGGUGGUUCUCUGACUCCCACCGAUAAUGGGCGUACCGACUGUGCUGGCACAGGAAGCGAGACCUGUAGCACAACAUACAACGGGGUUGCCGAGACAGUGUUGACAUUCCCGGCAUAUGUAGAGAAUGCCACCAAGGUGUUCAAGGCCAAGGGCGCAAAUGUGAUCAUCUCGAGCCAAACACCCAACAACCCCUGGGAAAGUGGAACCUUCACUUAUGCCCCGUCGCGGUUUGUGGGUUAUGCGCAGGUAGCAGCUGUAGCCGCAGGUGUACCCUAUGUUGACCACGGUGCUUAUGUGGCAGAUCGAUUCAGGCAGUUAGGCAUGGCUGCUGUCGAUGCAUACUUCCCCUUAGAUCACACGCACACUAGUGCUGCCGGUGCAUCGGUAGUGGCCCAGGCCUUUUUCAAGGCUGUGGUUCAUGUCUAUAAGAGCGGAAUUUAG